AUGUUUCGUCGACUGCCACAUACCUUACCGAAGGACACCGUCUUUCCGACAAAUCUCUCUGAUCUUGGCUACUUCAUCAAUAACCAAGACCAAAUUCGACAAAUCAGGAAUCCCGACCAGAAAUACCAAUUCAAGAUCAAUGCCAACGAUCGAGUCAAUGACACGUACAAGAGAUCCAUGAACGCUUGCGUCGAGAAUCUGGUGCAUGACCGUCUAGAUUCGCUCGGCUUCGAGACGCUCCGUCUUCCGUUGGAGGCCGGCCCUCAGGAUAACCAUGUCCCGAUCUAUCUCUCCCCGAAUAUCAGAUCGAAGAAAAGAGUCAUUGUCCUGUUCCCUGAACGUCAGCUCGACCCUGUCAUCUUCUCAUUUCGCGUGACAGGUGACGAGAACAUCAAGGACGGCUCCGUGCUCGGUCUCGUCGACGCAAUCCUCAACGGACCUACGGCGACAUCCGAUAACGAUCAGCCUGGAAUCAUCAUUGCCAACCCAGCUCAGCUUUAUUGGUACAGGGCUGGUCAGAGAGCCGUCACUUGGCUCGAGUGGCUGAGCCUUCCGCGCCCAAGCGCUGUGCACGAGGCUUACCGGGUUGAUCCUAUUAAGAAUACUGUACCUGGCAACGAAGACUCGGAGGCCCACGUGGCGUACGUUCUCGGCAAUGUGCUCGACGCCGUUAUCCACAAGGAAGCCAAGAUUGACAUCAUCGGCCUGGAAUGGACUGGCAAACAAGCUCUCGAAUACAUCUCACUCAACUGGUCGCAGUGGUCGCAUCGUAUCGGAGCCAUGUGCUUCGGUGAGCCUCAGCAUAAGGUGGAGGAUCUGCAAGCAAUGUACGGAGCGACGGAUGAAUUUCUUCACUUCCUCUCAACGAAGUGUCGCGCUUUCUCCAUGUCUCAAGAGCCCCAGGGCACCGUAGUCAGUGGCAGAGUCGAGGUUGGAUGCAAUUGCUUUGCCAGUGCAGAAGAAAUGUACCCGCAGAACAUUAUUAUCCGCGACUGGAGAAGUAUGCUGGAUCACUUCAACGUGGUACACACUCUUCCAGAUUACCAGGAGCCUAUCAGAUACUCAGAGGAGGAGCGGGAAGCUGGAUGGUCAUAG